AUGACUAGGAAAACAAUAACCGGAGUUUUAACAAUUACUCCUAAUUUGGAAGAACUGAAGAAGAAAGAAGAAAAGAAAAUAAGGGGAAAUGUUCGUCAAUGCAAAAGAAACAUUUUAAGUCAGUCAUGUUCCAUUAAACAAACAGAAAGUGAUGAAGAAGAUCCGUUUGCAACCGAGGACAGUGAGGAUGAUGUAGCUUGUCUUAACUGCAAUGAUUUGUUUAGAAAUUCGCGGUCCAAGGAGGCCUGGAUUAGUUGUAUGAAAUGCAAGAAUUGGGCACAUUGUGAAUGUGCCGGAGUAUCCCCGAAACAAAAGAACUUCAUUUGUGAAGUUUGCCAAGAUUAG